AUGAUCGAGGAAUAUACAAGCCGUGCAGGCCGAAAGCACCCAUGUCUUGAAUACCUCGAACUGCCCCUCCAGUCUGGCGUCCGCUGGUCGUACUUUUGGUACGCAGGCAUUCUCGCCUUGGGCGUGACCGCAGGCCUGGGUGCACGGCAAUUUGCUGCUCCGCUCGGUCUACCGAACCCCGGAUCGCCAGAAGAUAAACUCAUUGUCGAGUCUUUGGGUGCAGAUGUCGACAAGUUAGAUAUCGUGCAAUCCCUGCGGAAACAGAGCUUCAACCUGCACUCUGACACUGCCCUGACAGGCACCGGAGUCGCAGAGAAGUCCAAGGUGAAAAGCUGGGUGGAAGUAGAUUUCGACUUCGUGAAGGGCGAAGAAGCAGAAGGUAGGACUGGCAUAUUGAGUGCUCUGAGCGGCACUAGGGGGUUUGGUGUACAAAGAGCGUUCUGGAAUGCAGAAACGAAAGAAAUGGUCGCGGUCGUUUGGAUUGGAGGAGGAUUGGCCGGAUGGCCUGGUGUUGCUCAUGGAGGAGCCAUUGCCACGAUCUUUGAGGAGACCAUGGCGCGGAUGGUAAGAGGACCAAAUGGUGCUGUAGGUUGGCUCUCACCGAAGAAAGACUUGACCAAGCAAGUCGGGUCGCAGCAGUCAGCCGAGAUCAUCGGAACACUGGAGAGUGUGAAAGGCGAUCUGUGUGUGAAGGUUAAGGGAACAUUUGCCGUGGAUGGCCCAGGCCAAUAA